GCCACGGUUUGCCAAGUGUGGCAGUAUGUUCAACCUGCCGGGAGGGAGGAGGGAGAUUUCACUCUAAGAGGAUUGCGGCAGUCGCUGGCUCCCCGCUGGCUUUGUCAAGGCAUGCCCGGUUUGCCGGUUGGAGUCCAGCGGACAGCAACGCCACGCAAUGGCCUUCCGGAAACUCGGCGUUGAAACCGGUCGAACUUGAAGUGAUGCAUAUUGUAGCAGCCAAAAAUCAAUCGUGACAUUUCAAGAUGACUAAUGGUAGUUUUCGCAUGUUGGGACCGCAUGGGAAUCCUUUGCCGGGAAGGCAUCGGUACCAGAGAGCCGUCUCUUGAAGGGGGUAUUGUUGGCAGGCGACUCCUGAGAUGAAGACCAGACCGGCGGGGAUCGGCAAUGUCAAUGCGGACUGGAUGGGUUCGCUCCCCUCCAAGCUCAGCGCCAUGCCCCUCAAACACCUUGCAGUACCAGGCUCUCACGAUUCUUUCACUUUCUGGGUGGAUGUGCACGCUCCCGUGGGCCCUGAUCAGAGGACUUAUGUUAAGUAUCUGGCCACCAUGUUCAGUGUCUUAGCCAAGAAAGUCAUGGUGAAGUGGUCCAUGACACAGAACCUGAGUUUUAAGGAGCAGCUGGAUGCAGGAAUUCGUUAUUUUGACCUCAGGGUGUCUUCAAAACCAGGCGAGCCCGGAAAUGAAAUUUACUUCAUUCACGGCCUCUUUGGGCACAAGGUGAGGGAUGGCCUGUUAGAAAUCAACUCCUUCCUAGGCAGACACAGGAAAGAGGUAGUGUUCCUGGACUUUAACCAUUACUAUGCAAUGGAGGCAGAGCAUCACGUGUACCUCAUCAGCAUGCUGCAAGAAGUGUUCAGCAGCAAGCUGUGCAGCCACUGUGCUGUGGAGAAUAUCACUCUGGACUACCUCUGGGAGAAAAAAUACCAGGUGAUUGUGUUCUACCAUCAUUCUUCAGCCCAAGGUGUGCCUGUCAUGUGGCCUGGAAACAAGAUCCCUGCUCCCUGGGCAAACACAACUGAACCCAUCCAGCUCAUAGAGUUCCUGGAAACCACAUUGAAGAAGAGAGCCAAGCAGGGUUCCUUCCAUGUAUCCCAGGCCAUCCUCACUCCCACUGUCAACACUGUGGCCAAGGGGCUGCUCUGGGGAUUACGGAGCUACCUGGUUGAGAGAAACCUGCCAACCAUCAUGUCCUGGGUUGAGGCUCAGAGGCCAGGGGUGGACGGAGUCAACAUCAUCACCUCGGACUUUGUGGACCUCACUGACUUUGCCAACGUCGUCAUCAAGCUAAAUAACCUGCUGUUGUCUGAACAGGACCACAAACCAAGAUGACACAUGUCUUCAUACCAGGAGGAAGCUGUGCAGACCCAAACUGUGAUGGUGGUUCUCAGUCCAGUGGCAGAUUUUUCUGCUUUUCUCAGAGGAAAGUGGUUGUGAACACAUGAAUGACUACAAAUUUUUAUAUUUUUCACAAGCAGCUCUUCUGCUUAUUUUGUUUAAGCAUGCUCAGCAUUGAGAUACACAGGGAUACUGCAUGAACCAGGGUCCUCUGAAAUCCUUACAUUUUGAGGAGCUCAUCAGCAAACUUUCAGUCACACUUUUGACUGCAGUUGACUUUGUUAACCUCAGUUCUAUGAAGACCUGUCCAAAAGUCCAAAAGAGGAAAAGAAGUCAGAGCUUAGAUGAGAGAAAACGAGGCAUGCCCAGCUGCAUUUUUUUACCAUCUUCAUAAGGCACACAGAGUCGUGUCAUACCGCAGUUCUGGCUGCAUCUAGAGAUUCCUUUUUCCAGCUUUCCCUUUUGAGGCAAAGCUGGAAAUAUGUCAUAUAUUUGCUACUAAACGGGACUGUCGGGCAGGUCACCAGAUUGAUAGCUGCUGUAGCUUUUCCCAGCGUGAUCAUAGGACUCAGAAUUUAACUUUUAAGAGUCAACCUCUCAGGUGCUUCAGUGGUAUUUAUUAAUAUUACAUAGUAACAAUUGUUAAAUCUGGACUAAUGAGCUUGUUAAAUGUGGACUUGGUGUUUUGCCAGUAAUUAAAUGAACUUGAGGCAAAAGUGCAGGCUGCAGAGUUUGUGGGUAUUUUCGCUUAUGCGUUAAGCAAAGCCAGUUUUUAUGAAAGAGAAGCCAAGUGUGUGAACUGCUCUCUCAUUACUUACUGAAUUUAACAAGAGUUAAAGUGUGGCACCUUUAGGGGGAAUGCCAAGGAAAAGCCCAGUAUGGAUGGAAAUUGUGCCACAGCUCCCACAAAAUACAUACAAAUACACAGCUGUUUAUUUUUUAUAGUAUUUUCCUUUGGUCUUUUUCCACUUCUAGUACUUAAAUGUGCAGAAAUAGAACUAGACUCCUGACAAAAGUAUGUUGGAAAUGAGGAGGAGGAUAUAUGGCUGUAUACAGUGUAUGUAAAAGUGUGGAUGAGGGUCCAUUAAACAGAGCAGUUAUAUUUAAAAUGAAACCAAACCAAGUACUGCAGUCUUAAAUGUUUUGUAUGUGCACCAGUAUGAUUUACAGUCUGUGUGUGUGUGUGUGUGUGUGUGUGUGUGUGUGUGUGUGUGUGUGUGUGUGUGUGUGUGUGUGUGUGUGUGUGUACCUCUCAGGCCCAGUGAUUACUAUGCAUGCGUGGACAGUAGAGCAGCAACGGUCGCCCUGCAUUCUUGUGGUCAGACUAGAGUACGAGAAGAGAAUGAGACAGCAGAGGAGAUGUCAUAUGCAGAGAAAAGGAGAAGUAACAAAACUAGUUUCAGAGCAAAAACAGAAAAGAAAGAAAUGAGGAAACUGAAACAAAAGAGAAGAAUUCAGUUAAAAUCGUAGCAGGUGGACGUGCAGCAAGAGAGCGAUCAGAACAGCUGCUUUUCCCUUUUCACUGCCCUCAUUUUGUCACUCAUCGACUCACUUGUGUCAAAUAGCCUGAUGUGUCCGGGCCAUAUUGUUGACAAGGUUGAGUGUGGUCACCAAGCACUGCGAGGUCCACUCACAGGCAGGCAAAGGCACUUUAAUUGUGGAGUAAUUACGCAUACCAUUGCAGGCAAGUGGGAGAGCAGAGAACAGCAGCUUGAACUGAGAACAUUCCUCUCUUGUUUAGAUUGGUCCUCUCUUUCUCUUUCCUUUAGUCUCUCUCACGUCACUGUAUCCCAGUUGGCUUCCCAGGUUUCAAAGGAGAAGACCAUGACGUAAGCAUAAUCACUCAGAUGUUAAUAAAGUCCUGCAGUAUUAAAGGUGCUUCUCUGUGUUUCUUUUUAUCAGUAAACACAGUAAACCCAGUGCAGUGCAAACACUGACACAAAGCUCUCCCAAACUGGUUUGGCUCCCGAUGGGCACCAAUAGUCCAAAUACACAACUACAACAACUGCACAACAAUGAGCUGUGGUAUUUCUGUCACUUUAUAUGUUAUCACGUCAUUUCUCUCGGUCACCCACCUCAGUUGCAAAAAUAUUGUCUCCGGUUACAUGGCAAGUGUGUUAAACUGUUGGAAGACAGUGGUUUCACAAAUGAGUAACCAGGGUUACAAUUCAUUUAAUCCCUGGUAUAUCUGCGCUGUAAUCUGUGUCGACCAAAACCAGCCUCAUUUGUUAG